AUGGCUGACGAGGCUAUGCAUGAGAAGCCUGUGCUGCGCGAAAGCAUUCCCCAAUCGCGGCAACUCCUCUGUCAAUGGCACGAAAUUACGCGGUUGAAGAAGCAAGCCAUUCUCUUGGCUCCCAAGAACAAGGGCAAAUUGAAAGGUGUAGUGAACGCCAUUGUCUAUUCAAGAAGCUUUCAGGAAUACGACGACAACAAGACAGCAUACUGA